UUUGCCUGAAAAUACAGGCCCGGGCAGCAGGGGAGCUAGUUCUUCUUUCUGCCCCGACACAGGACCUACCCCCGCCCGCACGAGUACCUGGACGUCUCUGCGCUACCCGCCAGCUGGGACUGGAGGAACGUGAACGGCGUCAAUUACGCCAGCACCACUCGGAACCAGCACAUCCCCCAGUACUGCGGGUCCUGCUGGGCCCACGGCAGCACCAGCGCUUUGGCAGAUCGAAUCAACAUAAAGAGAAAAGGUGCAUGGCCUUCUGCCUACCUCUCCGUUCAGAACGUGAUUGAUUGUGCUGACGCAGGAUCCUGUGAAGGUGGCGACCACUCAGGUGUUUGGAUGUAUGCCCAUGACCAUGGCAUUCCAGACGAGACCUGCAACAACUACCAAGCUAAGGAUCAAAAGUGUAAGAAGUUUAACCAGUGUGGAACUUGCGUCACUUUUGGAGAAUGCCACGUGAUAAAGAACUACACUCUAUGGAAAGUUGCUGACUAUGGGUCUGUCAGUGGAAGAGAAAAAAUGAUGGCGGAAAUCUAUACUAAUGGACCAAUUAGCUGUGGCAUAAUGGCUACUGAAAAGUUGGAUGCUUACACUGGAGGGCUUUAUACAGAGUACAACCCCUUGCCUACGGUGAAUCACAUUGUAUCUGUGGCUGGCUGGGGUGUAGAAAAUGGAACAGAGUACUGGAUUGUUCGUAACUCAUGGGGUGAACCCUGGGGUGAAAAAGGGUGGCUGAGAAUUGUGACAAGUGCAUAUAAAGGUGGAAGAGGAGCAGAGUACAAUCUUGCUAUUGAAGAGGACUGUGCAUAUGGAGAUGCUGUACUUCCUUGAUUCUAUAUUGUACAUCUUUCUGUUUAGGAACUACUUUGUUUGGAAGCUUCCCAGAACAACCUUUUUCUGUUUAAAGAAUAGUAGUCUAAAACUCUUUCACAGUUCAACACCAUCAGGCAGUUCUGCAAAAUUAGCCCAGAUAGCAACACACAAUGUCUUCAAAGUAACAUAAAUACAGAACUGCCUUUAGAUAACUAUUUACAGCUUAAAAAAAAAAAAAGUAAUUUAACCCAUGAAAAAGUUGUCUGCCUUGAUGCACAGUAUUGAAAUCAUAUUGACUUAGUCACAGAAACUGUGUAUGUAAAUCUCUAUUUUUUAAAUACAAAUUAUGUAGACAUACUGGGAAGGAAAAAGUAUACUCAAUAUUUGGGUCUAGAGCUUAUAUUAAAUUCUCUGACAGUAUCGA